UGAAAGAUGAGCUCAUCUUUACCAAAUGGCAGCUAGCUCUCUCAACGCUGAAAUUCUGUUUGAGCAAGAAAUUGCAAUUACGGCGUAAAUUCUUAUAAUUGAAUGACAAUUGGCAUUUUAGUAUAUGAAAACAAUAACUUCAAUCGUUCCAACUAACGAAACCAGCAUACAACAUAUACCAAUGCAUAGUCAAUAGAGAAUACACGUAAAUUACCUUUUCUUAGACCGUUUUUCAGCAGAUUUACGUGUAAAUGAGAAAAAAAAAGAUAAAACCGUCUGGCUGAACGCGUUUCGACUUCAUUACCUUUAUUUUUUUACAAUUGAAUCCAUGUUUUUCAGAAUUUCCUCAAUACUUCACACUUCACGCUCUCUUUUACAAUUUUGUUCUUAAAUCACAAGAUAUGCCAAAAAUGUUAAUGAAAAACUUUUCUUGGUAUUUUUUUCGUUCAUAUUUACAUCCUUUCGUAUAUAGUAAAAGUCAACAAUAAUAACUACGACUUAAUGCUCCGGGUUACAAUGUUACCCAUUAUAUAGAGAGAGCAAAUUCAUACGUAUGCACAUGGUAAAAACAACACAGCGUAUAUCUAAGAAAAGCGUAUAUUUAGACAAAAUUUGAGGGCUGUUUUUGUGAAAUUCUUACUGAAUUUGUAGAUAAAUUAAGGGCUUGGAAAAGUAGGUCUAAUUUUGGAACUCGAGACAUCUUACGAACAUGUCUGAAUUUUCUGACAUUCGAGGGGAUCGUGCGUUGGAGGAACUGAACAAGAUUAAAAUGAAAAACUUACAUUUUCGUCAGAGAAGCAAUGAAGGUUUGCAAAGUCCUGCAAACUUUGACUUGUCUGGAUUAAAUACUCCCGUGGACGAGUUUAGUAGUGGAAAUACGCAGAGCCUGGACAUUACUGACUUCCGCAGCUUCACACAACAAAUCAAUAACGAAGAUUGUUACUCUCGUAUAGAAAAUGUUAUGAGAUUGAAAUCUAUGUACAGUGAAGCUAUCAAUGGUAUAUUUUCUGGGGAUCCAAAAAAUAUUAUCAUUGUCACCAAACCAAGGAACCAUUCGUUGGUAUAUUUCACCGCAGAUAUUACGAAAUACUUGCUUUCUUCAACCUCUCCUGACUCAAAAGUGUAUGUAGACAAACGAUUAGCAAACUCCAAACGGUUUUCCGCAAGCGAUAUCCUGCAUGAUUUGGAGCUGCACGAAGACAGAAUCGGUUAUUGGACGCCUUUUAUUUGCCUAGUGAAACCAACAAAGUUUGAUAUGGUCAUCACUAUUGGCGAUAAUACAACUGUUUUGUAUACCUCUUGGUUAUUUCAAAAACAUUGUCCUCCUGUCUUGACUUUCUCAGACUCUGAUAUUCCUGGAUUCUUGACUCAUUUUCCCGUUACCGAAUAUAAAGAGCAUAUUCACCACAUGCUUAGCAGCAGUGUUUCUUUACGCUUUUCUUCUCGACUGGAAUGUUCGUAUCACAAGUAUGAUUCAGAAACAAAACAGUACUCUCACAUAUCUACCAGUUAUGUUCUAAAUGAGGUUCAGGUCUCACGCGGUGAGCAUCCUUACAUCAGUAACCUGAACCUUUACAACAACUCAGAGUUAAUGACGAUCGUUCAAGCUGAUGGGUUAAUCGUCUCUACUCCAACCGGUUCGACUAAUAUGUCUAUGAAUGCCGGUGGCUCUCUUGUCCAUCCUAACUUAAACGCUAUUUUGAUUACUCCUAUUUGUCCUCACUGUCUAUCUUUCCGGCCAGUGAUCCUUCCUGAUUAUUCAGUUAUAAACAUUGAAGUUCCCUUGGAUUCUCGGGCUACUGCUUUCUUCUCUGUCGAUGGUCACAGCAAAACAGAAAUAACCCCCGGUGAUUACUUGUCCAUCGUGACUUCACAAUAUCCUUUCACCACGAUUCAAAACCCACAUAAGCAAUGGACAAAGGUUCUUGAAGAUAAAUUGCGAUGGAAUGUGCGAGAAAGACAAAAACCUUUCUCUAGAAAACAAAGUACGGUGUUUAGUAAAGACAUGCAUGAUGAUAAGUUUGAUAUCACUGAGAAUUCCUAUAACCGUGAAUCUACCGAAAAUUUGUAGACUGAAUCUUCUACUUUGUUUUGGAAAGGUACCUUUGGACCUUCCUUUUCGUGUUUGUGUACCUCAUUCGUUAUGAGGAUGUGAUGAUCUACGAAUUUUUACAUGUACCAGCCUUUGUAUUAUUUAUGUAUAUAUUCCUCUCUUUUCUUGGGUCCCCUUUUGGUUGUCGACAGGUUUUGGUUUAAAGUUUUUUCUUGUGAACAGAUCCCUAAUGAUUUUCUAUCCUAUCUAAAUUAACUUAUAGUUCUAUGCUGCUUUUACAAAAUAAAUUUUAAUUAAUUACAUACUAGUUUCCAAUGUUCUUUUUUCAGUUGUAACAAAUUCUUAAUAAAUAUAAAUAAG